CUUCAUCCUCAGCAGAAGGCAGCUCCACCGCCUGGGCACGGUUACCCCUGUACUCAGAGCAUCACGGUUUAACGCCCAGCUCUCCACGUGGUAUCUGGAAUAUAUUUGAAAACUGAACAGUUUCCACCAAGCCAAAGCAUUGUCUUCCUGGAGGCACGAAUCCAGCUUUGCUGAGCCACGACAGAUAUAAGUCAUCAUGGUGAAAAGCCACAUAGGCAGCUGGAUCCUGGUUCUCUUCGUGGCCACAUGGAGUGACGUGGGUCUCUGCAAGAAGCGAGGGAAGCCUGGAGGAGGAGGCAGCACUGGGGGAAGCCGAUACCCAGGGCAGGGAAGUCCUGGAGGCAACCGCUACCCACCCCAGGGAGGUGGAGGCUGGGGUCAACCCCACGGAGGUGGUGGCUGGGGACAACCCCAUGGUGGCGGAGGCUGGGGACAGCCCCAUGGUGGCGGAGGCUGGGGACAGCCCCAUGGUGGCGGAGGCUGGGGUCAGCCCCAUGGUGGCGGAGGCUGGGGUCAAGGUGGUGGCAAGCACAACCAAUGGGGCAAGCCCAAUAAGCCGAAAACCAACAUGAAGCACGUGGCCGGAGCUGCCGCAGCCGGGGCAGUGGUGGGGGGCCUGGGAGGCUACAUGCUGGGGAGUGCCAUGAGCAGGCCCCUCAUUCAUUUUGGCAGUGACUAUGAGGACCGUUACUAUCGUGAAAACAUGAACCGUUUCCCCAACCAAGUGUACUACAAGCCUGUGGAUCAGUACAGCAACCAGAACAACUUUGUGCACGACUGCGUCAACAUCACCGUCAAGCAGCACACGGUCACCACCACCACCAAGGGGGACAACUUCACCGAGACUGACAUCAAGAUAAUGGAGCGCGUGGUGGAGGAGAUGUGCACCACCCAGUACCAGAAAGAGUACCAGGCUUAUUAUCAAAGAGGGGCGAGCGUGAUCCUCUUCUCUUCCCCUCCUGUGAUCCUCCUCAUCUCUUUCCUCAUGUUCCUGAUAGUGGGAUGAGGGCAGCUUUGUUUUCACCAGGUUGGGGCAGGGGAUGUCUACCUACAGCCCUUUAGUGGCAGUGUCUCGUUCUUGCUUCUCCCUUUGUCCCCUUAGGCUAAUACCCUGGGCACCGAUGGCACGGGGAAAUGUAGGGCGGGCCUGGCGCACUUUGUCUUCUAGCCCCGUUUGAUUGGGUCCUCAUGGGCCAGUGCAGGUGCCGGGCUGGUUAAGAGUGUAACAGCAAAUAAUCAUUCCAUGAUCUAGGAUAACUUCUUGUCUAGUGCAACAGAUUAAAGUUGAAAUAUUCUAAAAACAGUCUUUAAAUACCUUUGCCUACAUACCUCCAGCUCCUUGCCCCGCUCCAGCUCAGUACACUAAUGCUCCAUCGUAGUUAGCAGUGACUUUGUAGCAAUUUGGACAGUUUUCUCAUUUGUUUUAAGAAAAGCUGACUGCAUUUGCCUGUUUAAAUAGCACUUCUGCCAAAUUUGGAAGGAUACUGCUUCAAAAAACAAAACGAGAAAUCCUUAGCACUUGGGCCCAGGCUCAGCCUGCUGGGGAGCAUGUGGCCUAUGUCUGCAGAGAAAUGUGACACUGUUUUGCAUUUCAGGAUACACAGCAGCUAUUGCAUCAAGAGUAAAUAUUCAUACAACAUUAGAACUCUGGGCAGAGGAUAUUUGCAUAGGAAAUGAACAUAACUAACAUAAUAUGAGGGGCUUCUGGGACUAAAAGUAUCCAGCAUUUGGGAGUGGUGCCCUUGGAGGGUACACACAUGGGGCAUUCCUUUCUUUAGUAACAGAAACUGUAGAGAAUUAAGGCAGUUACAAAUUAAAUGACCUUCUGGACACUAAGAACAAAUGUCCUUUUUUCAUCUACCUGGAAACAGGAAUGAUUUUGACAUUAGGUGAAGCCAGGAGAUAUUAAUAUAGAGGAAGUACAGCUGCAAAAACACCAUUAUCAGAAGAUUAUGUAAUGAAGAAAAUAAUGUACAAAGAAAUGCUUACGUUUCUUCAUUGCUGUCUCAUAAUUGUCAAAAACCAGAAUUAGGCUGAGUCCUUCGUCUCUGUAAUUGGCUUUUGAGUUGAAGAAUAAGGAAUCAAUCCAAAAAAAGAAAUCUUAGGUUGGAGAUGACAGAAACAUGAUCCAUUCAGAAUGGAAAAAGAAAUUCUGUUCUUGUUCUUGUUAUUCACGUAAGGUAAAAGUAUUCUCUGGAUCGUUCAAUAUUGUCACCUAGCAGAUCUAUAUUACUAUCCUGCAAUGUCAUUGGCUUGCACUGUGCGGGUAUUCUGUGUAAUAUAUGACAAACUUAGAAAUUUUGGUUAGGGCAGUUAACAUCUGAAGUAUCUAAGGCAUUACCUGUUUUUGUAAGGUACUGAAUAUGUGGGAAACCCUUUUACGUGGUCCUUAGGCUUAUAAUGUGCACUGAAUAGUUUUAUAUAAGGAUCCAAAGUGAUCUUUGAAAUGUGCAUGUACUUUAUAUUUUCUAUAUUUGUAACUUUGCAUGUACUUGUUGUAUAAAAAUUUAUAAAUGUUUAAUAUCUGACUACAAUUAAACAGGAGCUGAGAUGA